GAAAAAGGAAAAGAAAAAUAACCGAAAAGGCGAGCUUUCUAAAAUCGAUCAACUGCAUCGCUUCCAAGGCAAGCAAAAGAAAAGCGGAGCAGAGAGAGAAACCCUAGAAAUCUCCUCUCCUCAUAUCCAAAUUUCAAAAACCUCAUUCUUCCAGGCUCUUAGAUCAUAUUUUGUCAGGAUUCCAUGCAAUGCCGCUCCGAUCUGCUCCGAUUUGAGCUCCAAUGACGGCGAAAUCGGUCUUCUCAGGGUCUUCGAUCGAUUAGGGGAGGUUUUUCGUGUGGUUUUGGGCUGGAGGAUCGAUCGGAGCUCGCCAUGGCGUCGAGGCCGGCUUCAAGGCAGAGGAAGGCGGCUCCGGCGGUCUCUAAGGCCACGAAUUCGCUGUCCUCUUCCACGACGUCGUCUUCGCGGCAGGUGCCGGAGGCGUCAUUGGAUGGACUGAGCUCGCCGGUUUCGUCGUCGGCGCUGAGCAAGCCGCUGUACUUGUACGAGGAUGGCCUGGGAUUCGAUGCGGGGGGAUCCAAGGAGAAUGUCACUGUCACGGUCCGGUUCCGGCCGCUCAGUCCACGGGAGAUUCGGCUGGGGGAGGAGAUCGCGUGGUACGCCGAUGGGGAUACAAUCGUGAGGAGCGAGCAUAAUCCAUCAGUGGCAUAUGCAUAUGAUCGAGUUUUUGGACCUACAACUACAACACGACAUGUUUAUGAUGUUGCUGCUCAGCAUGUUGUCAGUGGUGCAAUGGAGGGUAUAAAUGGCACAAUUUUUGCUUAUGGAGUUACUAGUAGUGGCAAAACACAUACAAUGCAUGGAGACCAACGAUCCCCUGGUAUCAUACCUUUGGCUGUGAAGGAUGCAUUUAGCAUUAUACAGGAGACUCCUAACCGUGAAUUUCUCCUUCGUGUAUCAUAUUUGGAAAUCUAUAAUGAGGUUGUUAAUGAUUUACUGAACCCAGCAGGACAGAAUCUAAGAAUCAGGGAGGAUCUUCAGGGAACAUUCGUUGAGGGUAUUAAGGAAGAAGUUGUAUUAUCUCCUGCGCACGCAUUGUCCCUUAUUGCAGCUGGGGAAGAACAUAGACAUGUGGGAUCUAAUAACUUCAAUUUACUAAGCAGCAGAAGUCAUACAAUAUUCACACUGACAAUAGAGAGUAGCCCCUGUGGUGAAUGUAGUGAAGGGGAAGCAGUUCAUCUUUCACAACUUAACCUCAUCGAUCUGGCAGGUUCAGAGAGCUCGAGGGCUGAAACUACUGGAGUACGUCGAAAAGAGGGAUCCUAUAUCAAUAAAAGCUUAUUAACUCUUGGAACCGUGAUUGCAAAGUUAACUGAUGGAAAAGCUACACAUAUUCCAUACCGAGAUUCUAAAUUAACUCGACUCCUCCAAUCCUCCUUGAGUGGUCAAGGGCGUGUUUCUCUCAUCUGCACAGUGACUCCAUCCUCAAGCAAUGCAGAAGAGACCCAUAACACGUUGAAAUUUGCCCAUCGCGCCAAACACAUUGAGAUACAAGCAUCACAAAAUAAAAUUAUUGAUGAAAAGUCUUUGAUCAAGAAAUAUCAAAAUGAGAUUCGUAGUUUAAAGGAAGAGCUAGAACAGCUAAAAAGGGGCAUUGUGACUGUUGCUCCCUUAAAAGAUAUGGGAGAGGAUGAUAUUGUUCUCUUAAAGCGAAAGCUAGAGGAUGGUCAUGUAAAGCUACAAUCGAGGCUGGAACAAGAAGAAGAAGCUAAAGCUGCUUUGCUGGGAAGGAUACAACGAUUAACAAAACUAAUUUUGGUAUCUACAAAAACCACCCAAUCUCCAAGGUUUCCUCAACGUCCUGGUCCAAGGCGAAGACACUCGUUUGGAGAAGAGGAGCUUGCUUAUCUCCCAUAUAGGAGGAGAGAAAUGAUCUUGGAUACUGAGAACAGUGAUUUUUUUGUUCCACUAGAAGGAUAUGGUGAAAUUAUUGAUGAUUCUUCCAAGGAGGAGAAGAAAAACCGAAAGCAUGGGCUCCUAAAUUGGUUCAAGCUACGGAAACGUGACAGUGGUGGGACAUUGACAAGUUCUGAUGGCGAAAAAUCAAGUGGGACAAAGUCAUUCACUAGACCUUCAACUCCUCAAGCAGAGAGUGUAAACUUUCCUGUGGAACCAAGAAAUUCAAAUUCUUUAAUCACAGAGAGUAUUCCUGCUGAUAAUCUUUCUCUGCAGGAGACACCUCUGACCAGCAUUAAAACUAUAGACCAUGUUGAUUUGCUGAGAGAGCAACUAAAAAUUCUGUCUGGAGAAGUAGCACUUCAUUCAAGUGUUUUAAAGCGAUUGUCAGACGAUGCAACCAAUAAUCCAAAGAACGAGCAGAUUCAAAUGGAGAUAAGGAAGAUUAGUGAUGAAAUCAAAGCCAAAAACCAGCAGAUAGCUUCUUUAGAAAAGCAGAUGGCUGAUUCAAUUUCUGCUAAUCAAAACAAAAUGGACAAACUGGUUCUCUCACCGUCUUAUGCUGAACUGGUAGAACAACUCAAUGAGAAGUCUUUUGAACUUGAGGUGAAAACUGCAGAUAACAGAGUGAUACAGGAUCAGCUGCAACAAAAGAUAUGUGAAUGUGAAGAAUUGUGUGAAGCAAUUGCUUCACUGAAAAAACAGAUUGCCUCUUCAACAAAUUCUAAAUCACAACAUUGCUCUGGGGGAACUAAUUUUGAGAUGGAGUUCCCUGCAAGCAAAGAAAACACACCAUCAAGAGACGUUACUACAGAGUUGCUGCAGCAGGCGCAUAUGGCAUCCGAGAUUGAAGAACUUAAGCAGAAAGUAGCUGAAGUUACUGAAGCUAAAACCCAACUAGAAACACGUAACCAGAAGCUGGCAGAGGAGAGUGCAUAUGCCAAAGGGUUGGCCUCAGCUGCAGGUGUGGAGUUGAAGGCACUAUCGGAAGAAGUCACCAAACUCAUGAACCAGAAUGAGAGGCUGGGUGCUGAAUUAGCAUCAGUGAGAAGUUCUGCUCAGCGGAGAGUGAGCAAUGGACCAAAGAACGCCAAAAGAGACAAUCACCUCAAGCGGCAUGAACCAACGCCCAGGAGAGAAGUGAAUGCUAGCUAUGAAAGAGAACAAACACUUGAAGCUGUGCUUCUGGAAAAGGAGCAAAGAGAAGCGGAGCUUCAGAAGAAAGUAGAAGAAUCCAAACAGAGGGAAGCCUUCCUAGAAAAUGAACUGGCCAACAUGUGGGUUCUUGUGGCAAAGCUGAAGAAAUCUCAAGCAAAUGAACCCGAUGAUUUAGAUGCCAACUGAAAUUGUGUUGGAAAGGGAAGAUAAGAGUGGAAGGUGAGAGUUAUUGUUUUGGUUGGUCCAUAGGCUUUGGGUUUUUGUAUGUAAGAGAUAUAUUGUAUAUUGAGCUUGUUUUGUAUUGUGAAUUGACGUCGUUCUUAUUGUUUCUAUUUUUAAUGUCAGUUUUCAUUCAAAUUUAUUGUU